AGCCACUGCUAACUAGCGGUUAGUGGCAACGCCAACGAUACACAUCUCUCUUCCCAUAAUGUUUUAAUGUUCUGAAAUAUACAACAGAGAAUAAUUUCUAAACGCUAGUUCUACCGUUUUAGACUCUUUGAUUGCUCAAGGACGAUGAAUGGAAACCCUUCUUCAGCUGUGUGGAGAUGACCGGCCACCCUUUAGGGCAUGGUCAGAAUGGGGCCAGACGUGCCCCUUCUUAACGAAUACAAGCAGGAGUUCUUCUGGAAGCGCUUCCCUCAGACAGUGUUGGGGGGUCCACGCUUCAAGUUGGGCUACUGUGCCCCACUGUAUGUCUAUGUCAAUCAGGCAGUCUUGUUCUUGACACCAUGGCUGUUUGGUGGCAUUGGUACCUUGCUUUGCCAGCUACAGCUGCUCAAGGAACUUCAUGCUGCGGUGCUCUCUGGCAUGCUCAUGUUUGGGGCUGCAGUGGGUAUUCAGGCCCUGGCUCUGUAUGCUGCCCGGAGGAGUGGUACAGUGGAGCGAUUAGGGGCACCCAACAUCCUAGCUGAUGAGGAGGAAGUGGAAUUCACCAAUUGUGUUGGCCCAGAGACUGUGAGGUUCAUUGCCCCUGGGAAGAGGUUUGGUCUGAAUGUGGUACUGCAUACAGCCUUGGCUGGCGCACUCUGUGGCUUUGGGACAUGGUAUGUGUUCCUAGGCAGAUUGACUGCUCUCUAUGGUAGUAUUGGUGUGUCACUGGUUGUCUUCAUCCUGAGCUGGGUGACCCUAUGUAUAGCAGAGUAUUCUCUAGUGGUCAACACGGCCACAGAGACAGCCACUUUCCAGGCACAGGACACAUAUGAGAUCACCCCACUCACCCGGCCCCUCUACAUCUUAAUUUUCAUCGCUGUGGACAUGGCUGAUAGGUUCACAGGGACUAUCCCUGAGCUCCAAACAGCCAAUCAGGUUCUCCAUGUGCUGUUCCUCUUCCUACCUCUGUUGUGGGCGCUGGGUCUGCUGUCUCCGCCGGAUGCCUUGCUCCUCUGGGUGAUGGAGCAGGUUCUCGUGUUUGGGUUUGGUGGCUCACCCAUGUCCAGUAACUUCAGGCUGCUGGUGAUGUUUUUUGCAUCUGUUGGUGUAGCUGUUUGCAAUUUCUUCCUACCAUCUACAAUAAGUGUGGUUCUCUUCUCUAUCUCCAUGGGAUUUCUCUUGAGCCUGGACCUCAGCCAAAUUGGCACUCUCUGUACAGGGUCCAGGUCAGCUUUGGGGGACCAUGGCUGGUGUAGGGGAGGAUCACCCACUCCUCAUGUUUCCUUUGGCUGGCAUCUUGGCUGUAGGGAGCUGUUGCUGUACUUGAGCGUGCUCCUGGCAGCAAUGGCAGAGGCAGGACUUUUGCAUCACUUCUUCAGCAUAGCUAAGCUCCAGAGCUUGGUUAGGGGACCCCAGGCUCCUGUCAGCUACCUCCUCCUUAUCCUCUUUGUCCUCUGCUGGAUUCUGAGAGAGAUCCAGGGCACCUAUGUCUUGGGAGGGGUGUUCCUCAACCCUUUGUACCCAAGAGGAAUGUCUAACGUGCAGACAUUUAAGCAGAGAAGCAGAGGUCUCCAUGUUGCUGCAGUGAUCAGAAGAGUCCUCCUCAGUUUGGUGUCUCCAUUUGCAAUGAUAGCGUACCUCUCCAUGGACAGCUCUCUCCAGGUGCUCCACACAGCUUCCCUUAGUGUGGGAUUCACACGGGCCUAUAGAGUGGUAUGGCAGAGCCCAGAGGAGGCUCUACUGCAGAUGGUGGUGGUAGUCUCAGUGCGCCUGAUGGCUGGUGAUAAGAUGUUACCAGGCUGGGAUAACUUGGGAACUGGAGUUCAGCUUCUUCUGGUGGGCCUUCUGAGUGACAGAGUAGUUCAAUUCCUGGCCAAGCUGAAGUUCACCGUGAUGGUGCUAGUGACGUCGUGGACAGAGAAGAAGCAGCGUCGUCAGUCAGCUGGAACUCUCCUGGCCCUCAAUGCCUCCCUGUGCCCACUGCUGCUGGCAGUGGUGACCCUCUCUGCCAUGCUGUCUGCCCCUCUGCUUCCCCUUUUCACCCUACCCAUCUUCCUAGUGGGAUUCCCCCGGCCUCAGCGCAGUUGGCCAGGGCCCGUAGGUACUGCCUGCCCCUGCCCUGACUCCAUCUUCUACCAGCAGAUGAGUAGCAGUCUGGCUUCUGCUCUCAGAAGAGCCUUUGCCAGAGGGUCCCUGGGCUCUUUAUCCCCUGGCUCUCACUUCCUUGGCCGCUUCCAGGACCGCAUGGUAUGGAUAAUGAUCCUUGAGAGAGGAUAUGGCUACUGUACUGUCAAUAUUAAGGGGCUGGAGCUGCAGGAGACUUCUUGCCACACAGUGGAGGCGCUGCGGGUGGAUGAGGUGUUUGAGUGGGCUUUUGAACGACCUGAGAGGCUUGGUUUUACCCAGGGCCUUAACCUGCACUGGGGUAACUCACUCACUCCUUGUACUGCCCUCCCUGUGCGUGUCUACUCGGACGCCCAAAACGUGCUGUCUGGCAUCAUUGACUCUCAUGACAACCUGAGGAAACUCCAGGAUGACUUUCUGAAGGUGCUGGUCUGGUUGUUGCUGCGCUAUGGUGUUCAAAAGCGCAAAGGCUGGAGCAGUGAAGACAGGCCAGGAGGUGGAGGCAGGAAGUCCCAGACCUCCCAGUUGGUUCAGUCUACACGUAACCUACCUGUGGAGGCUGUCAUAGUGGAGUCUAAUGUAUCCUCUCUUAGGUUCAGACAGGACAGCUCCAGCCUUACCUCUUUUGGUGACUGGUCAGAUGAGGAUGACUUAUUUGGGCCCCAGCCAGCAAGGCGGACAGUGGCAUUGGUGAAUACUGAGGCCCAGCAGGGACAUACGGCACUGCAGAUGGGGCCCUCCUUGCCAGGCUCUGUGGAGAUGGAUAGUCUGUUUGAAAACAUGGCCCUCUCGGCCCUGCAACCACUGCAGCCUCUGGGACUGGGCCUUGGGCUGCCAGCUGUAGAUAAGGGCCGGCCCCCAGAGGUCUUCACAGAGAGCCCUGAGUCUCUCCCUCAUUUAAAUUUCAGCUGUCCCCAGUCAGAGGUGUUCAACCUGCCCACAGGGUGGAGGACAGCCCCCUUGCCACCAUCCCGCUUGCAGCAGCUCAGGCCUCUGUUCUCAGAGGACUGGUUUCGGUUUGCUCUGGGGCAAUUUGGGCCUGUGGUGCAGGGCGAGGCUUCUGAGGACAUGACCAAGACCCUGAAGGAGGACGAGGCCCUGAGGGAGCUCCACACUCAGGUGGCCCUGUCAUGCCUCAUCACCCUUGGUGCAGAGUCUGCCUUCACCAGUCCCAGCUAUGUCUACAGGCUGUACUGCGGAGAUGUGCCAUGGACAGAGGGACUUGACUGGCUCUCUGCUAGUAAAGAACUUUAUCAGCUUGCACUUAAAGCUUUCAGGUUCAGUUUCAAGCUGCUGUUUGAUCAGGCGAGUCUGGGGCCCAUGGAAGGCCCUGGGGAAUUAUUCAGCACCUUGGAGGAAUAUGAAAGGGACUGGUAUAUUGGCCUAGAAUCAGAGAAAGGCUGGCAUGAUAGUGUCCUUAAGGAAAAACCUUUCCUCUUCUCUCUAGGACAUGACCUUACCAUGGGCACUUACACGGGGCGAGUCCUGUCCCUGCAGGAGCAGCUGGUGCAAGUGGGCCGUCUAAAUGGAGAGGGGGUGCGUGGCCAGUGGGCCAACCUGUCCUGGGAGCUACUGUAUGCCACUAAUGAUGAUGAAGAGCGUUACAGCAUCCAGGCUCACCCAAUCAUGCUGAGGAAUCUGACUGUCCAAGCAGCCGACCCCCCUCUAGGGUACCCCAUUUACUCCUCUGCCCCCCUGCAUCUCCCCUGCUUCUGACCCAUGGUCCUUUCUGACUGUGUCAACCCUCAUAC